AUGGCCCUGAACAGUGCUGGCCUUGUACCUCACUUCCCUAUGUUGGAUGAUUCCAAUAUGUGGCAGUUUCCCAUGGCGACAGACGACUUCCAGUCUCAGGAGGACCCCGAGUUCAAAGACAUGGCACUGUUCGAUGAACAGGCCAUCUUUUCUCGGCCAUCAGACUCCAGUGGUGCCAGCAGCAUCUCGCCCAUGUUUCACGACCAUGGUGUCCCUUCUACCGUGCAACCGCGAAAUCUUCACGGGCCGUCGCCGUCGUCCGAGACAUCACAUUCGCCGAGUAGCAGACACAACUCCAUCGACUCCUCGACAUCCAGCUAUCUGUCUCCAGACCGCCGAGAGGUGCUGCGGCGGCUGUCUCUUGCCACCCUGGAUGCUGACGCUGGCGACUCCUACCGACCUCGCAGCAGCCCGCUGCGGCCCAGGAGGGCGACGACCACGCGAAUCAAGCCUCGUGACGACAAGCACGCUCGUGAACUCGAGCUUAACCGGAAAGCUGCCACAAAGUGCCGCAACCGGCAGAAGGCGUUCGUCGAGAACUUGCAGGAGCGUUGCCGGCGGGAGGAACAGAAAAUGCAUAUUCAAACCUCGCUCGUCCACGCCUUGCAUGACGAGGUCGUCUCCCUUCGGAACGAGGUUUUACGUCACAGCUUUUGCGAUUGCCGCUUCAUCCAACACGCCAUUUCUGCAAACACACAAUAA